UUUUUCAAACCCUAAAAUUUUAUUGUAAAACACUGAACAAUAUUUCACAUCAAAUGAAACAGACUCUAGGUCAUGAUAAACAGCCGGGAUGGAGUGGAGGUCUGAGGGUGGUUCCUGAUGUGGCAGGACAGGUGCAGGAGUAAAACGGUGAGGCAAUGGGUCUAGCAGUAGAAACCCAAUCCAAAGCACAGUUUAGUUAGAUUUAGGUCUACUUCACCUAAAAAGGUCUAUCAAGCUGGAGGUCUGGGGAGAGGAUCCUGGCACAUAUUUGUGACUAAAUAUGUAGGUCAUCACAUUAUUCUGGACCAGGAAAUAAAUUCAAUACUGCUUUUUGCUUUCUGCUCCAUAGCCUUCUCUUCCUGUCUCUCUCUCUCUCGGUCGAGUUAAACAUGCUCCUUGAACGUUCCACAUAAACAGAUUUAAAAAAAAAAGAUAUGGUGGCAUUUGCUUUAAAUUAAUGGAAUGAUUGCUAGUGGUGAAACUGUAACUUACAUUUUUCAGGCAUCUUUAGGAUAUUUCUGCACUGAAAAGAAAUGAAAUGGUUAACUCAGGUGUUUUCAUAGCCUACCUGUGCUUGUGCUCCUCCUACUUUAAUCUCUCACUCACUCACACACACACACACACACACACACACACACACACACACACACACACACACACACAGCGAGAGAACAAGGAAGUAACUUGUCAUUUCAAAGAAUAAGAAAAGAAUCUCUCAUUUUCAGUUUGUGAAUGCAGGAAAAUGGCCAGUAUUUUAGUAGAUCAGGACGACUUCAUCUGUCCAGUGUGUCUGGAUCUCCUGAAGGAACCAGUGACAACCCCCUGUGGUCACAGUUUCUGUAAGGUGUGUAUUAAUGACUGCUGGGAUCAGGAGGAUGAGAACGCCAUUUACAGCUGUCCUCAUUGCAGGAACAACUUCACUUCAAGGCCUGUUCUACACAGAAACAACAUGCUGGCUGAAGUGGUGGAGAGGGUCAAGAAGACUGAUAUCCAAGAUGCUUCUCCUGCUCACUGUGACAUUGGACCUGGAGAUGUGGAAUGUGAUUUCUGCACUGGGGAAAAAGUCAAAGCCACAAAGUUUUGCCUGGUUUGUGUCGCUUCAAUUUGUGAAGUUCAUCUCAAACCUCAUGCUUUGAAAAAACACACCUUAACUGAAGCUUCAGCUAAACUUCAAAAGAUCUGCUCUGAACAUAACAAGCCGAUCGAGAUCUACUGCCGUACUGAUCAAACUUACGUCUGUCAUAUGUGUACGACGGAUAAUCACAAGGGACACGAGAUCGUCAUGGCCAACGCAGAACGAGCUGAGAAGCAGGGUGAAUUUGAGAAGCAGCAGAUGAAAUCCCAGUUGCGAAUCCAGGAGAAGCAGAAGAACGUGCAGGAGCUAAAACAAGCUGUGAAGACUAUAAAACUGAGAGCACAGACAGCACUGGAAGACAGCGACAGGUUCUUUACUAAGCUUAUAAGCUCUCUGGAGAAAAAGCGCUCGGAGACGAGGGAAAUGAUCCAAGCUCAGGAGAAGGCUGAACUUAAUCAAGCUGAACGACUCCUGGAGCAACUAGAGGAGGAGAUUGCUGAUCUUCAGAGGAGAGUCAAUGAGCUGGAGCAGCUUUCACACAAACACGAUCACAUCCUUUUUCUCCAGGUUUUAGCUUCUGGAUAUCAGUCUCCUCCUUUGGAUAAACCAAAUUUUAACAGGUCCAUCAAUCAACAUGUCUUUUUUGAUGAAGUGAGGAAUUCUCUCUCAGAUCUAAAGAAAAGAUUACAAGAAUUCAACGAGGAGGAAUUCAACACAAUCUCUCCACAUGCUGCAGCAGUUCAGAUUAUUUCACCACCAGAGCCAUGGGGCAGAGUGGAUUUUUUGAAAUAUUUCUGUUAUUUGACUUUGGAUCCCAACACGGCGCACCGUAACCUCAUUCUAUCCGAGAAGAACAGAGUGGUGACAUACAGUGAGAAAGAGCAGCAUUACUCUGAUCAUCCAGAGAGAUUUGAUUCCAAGUACCAGGUGUUGAGUAAAGAGAGUGUGUGUGGACGCAGUUAUUGGGAGGUGGAGUGGAGCGGUGUUGGCAUGGACAUAUCUGUCUCGUACAAGGACAUCUGCAGGAAAGGAGACAGUGAGGAGUGUGCAUUCGGACAGAACAAUCGAUCCUGGAAUCUGUGGUUUUCCCCUAAAACUGCUCUUUAUUUCUAUCACAACACCAUUAAGAUUGAUCUCAAAGCUCCCACUUCCCCCAGAAUAGGAGUGUACGUGGAUCACGAUGCAGGAACUCUGUCCUUCUAUAGCGUCUCGGACAUAAUGACGCUUCUCCACAGAGUCCACACUACAUUCACUCAGCCUCUAUACGCUGGAUUCGGGCCCUACUGUUUGUUUGAUUCUAAUGUGAGACUGUGUGAUCCAAUUUAAAGUGUGUAGUGUUCGAUGCAAAAUUUAUAUCAAACAUAUAUGUCUUUAUAAAUGAAUGAAUUUAUUUAUUUAUCAUUAAAGCAUAGGUUUCUAGUAAAAAAUCAGAGAAAUUAGGUGGCAGAAUCGAUUAGAACCAAGAGUACAUGCCUGGUUAAAGCUGCAUUCAGGUAGUCCCUGACUUCUGGAGAUGCGUCCCGAUGACCCCAUCAUAACUUGAAAAUGUAGUAAUUCAAAACAUUGCCAGGAGUCAUAUUCAAAUAUGACAGUUAAAGAUUGGCAGUUAAAGCUAACACUUAAUUUUUUGUUACCAAAUUACUUUUUUUAAAUUUAAUUUUAAAGGAAUUUAUAGGUGACUUAAACAUGGGGUCUUUUAAUGUACAAAUAUAUUGUACUAUACAAUAUAAAGACUUUUAUCCAAUUCUAUCCGUUGUUCUGAUUUACAAACAUAAUUUCAUCACAUACAAUUGUAGUCAAAUGUUUUAGAACACCCCAGUUUUGAAUUAAAUUGUACACUGUUUAAUUCCUCUGUUUUUAAAUAAAUUAAUUAAACCUUA